AUGGCUUUAGCUGUUACUUCUUCCUCAACGGCGAUCUCCGGAUCGAGUUUCUCGCGUUCAGGAGCUUCUUCCGAUCCUAAAGCUGUUCAAAUCUGUUCGCUUAGGUUAUCUGAUCGAACCCAUGUCGCUACUCUUUCUCAGAGACGUUUCUCUAUGAAAUCCCAAAACGCUGAGUCACAUUCACGCAGCGAAUCUUGGGUCACUCGAGCUUCGACUCUAAUUGCUCCUGAAGUUGAAGAGAAAGAAGGAGAUGUUGAGGACUUUGAGCAACUCGCGAAAAAGCUCGAAGAUGCUUCUCCACUUGAAAUCAUGGACAAAGCUCUAACGAAAUUCGGAAGCGAAAUCGCAAUUGCUUUCAGUGGUGCUGAAGAUGUUGCGUUGAUCGAAUACGCUCGUUUAACUGGAAAGCCCUUUAGGGUUUUCAGCUUAGACACAGGGAGAUUAAACCCAGAAACAUACAGACUCUUCGACGCAGUCGAGAAGCAAUACGGGAUUCGAAUUGAAUACAUGUUCCCUGACGCAGUCGAGGUUCAAGGUCUAGUGAGGAACAAGGGUUUGUUCUCUUUCUACGAGGAUGGUCAUCAAGAGUGUUGCCGUGUGAGGAAAGUAAGACCUCUGCGUCGUGCUCUCAAGGGUCUCAAAGCUUGGAUCACAGGACAGAGGAAAGAUCAAUCUCCAGGAACAAGAUCAGAGAUUCCGAUCGUUCAGGUCGAUCCCGUGUUUGAAGGAUUAGAUGGUGGUGUUGGAAGUCUUGUGAAGUGGAACCCUUUGGCUAAUGUUGAAGGAGCAGAUGUGUGGAGCUUCUUGAGAACAAUGGAUGUCCCCGUGAAUGCAUUGCACGCGCAAGGAUACGUCUCCAUCGGGUGUGAGCCUUGCACUAGACCGGUGCUUCCUGGUCAGCACGAGAGAGAAGGAAGGUGGUGGUGGGAAGAUGCUAAAGCUAAAGAAUGUGGGCUGCACAAAGGGAACAUCAAGGAGGAAGAUGGUGCUGCGGAUUUGACACCAGCGAUUGUGCAAGAUAUAUUCGAAAGCAACAAUGUGGUUUCACUGAGCAGAGGAGGGAUUGAGAAUCUGCUGAAGCUAGGUAACCGUAAAGAGCCGUGGCUAGUUGUGCUUUACGCUCCUUGGUGCCCGUUUUGUCAGGCGAUGGAAGCUUCGUACCUCGAAUUGGCCGAGAAGCUGGCGGUGAAAGGGGUCAAGGUGGCGAAGUUUCGAGCAGACGGUGACCAGAAGGAGUUUGCUAAGCAAGAGCUUCAAUUAGGGAGUUUUCCGACAAUACUUCUGUUUCCGAAAAGCGCUUCACGAGCGAUUAAGUACCCGUCGGAGCAUAGAGACGUAGAUUCGGUUAUGUCGUUUGUGAAUCUUCUCCGGUGA